AUGGCCGUGUCGGACAAGGACCGGCCCCGCGGCCUGCGAGUGCCCUCACUCUCUACGUUUAGAUCUAAAAACAAGCAAUUGGAUCCAACUCCUACCAUUCAACUGCCUUCGCCCUCACAGUUGUCGCUGCACACAGAUUCUCUCUCUAUACCCUCAUCUAGUCCGCUGCAGAAGGCAUUGCCAUCACAACCGUUGCCGUCCCCGCCGCAACCGUCCUCGCCUGCGGUGAUAAACCCAUAUCCAUCUCCCCCGCAGGUAUCCCACUCGCAGCCUUCACCUAUCCCGAACCUAAACUCGGCUCAGUACAAUCGCAAUGACGCCCCUCCUCCUCCCCACCACGCCAAUCCUCCCUCCAGACCUAUGGCCCGGUCUAUUCCACCCCCCAACUCCCAGCCGACCCGUCGACCUGUCCCAGGCUCCGCGCCAGUAACAGCCACAGCCCCAGGACCACAAUAUGCACCAGCCCCGAUCCCAGCGCAAGCAGCCAAUCCAGUGAACCUCAUGGUACCGCAACAGAGAACCCCACCUUCCAGCGAAGGCGGCUCCGAGCAGCGCCUCUCCAACGGCACAAGCGACUCAUUAGAAGACUUCAUCCCCGACCCCGAGCCCGAGCCUGAACUCGACGGCACAAGCGGAACACCCAAUGAAGCCGGGUCAAGCGAAGACGACGACAACAGACCCUGGACUCCUCCCGAGGUCGAGCCGGUUCCCGUCCCGCUCAACAAACUGCAUUACUCGUGCUACCAGGAACACCGCGCAAUGCCGGCUGCCGCGAACGUGUGGUAUGCGCUGCCCUGCAUGACGUGUCAGAAGUUUGACCGAGAGAUCCGCCACCGCUGCGUCUUUUGCUGUUUGCGUGUUUGUGCGGAUUGUUUCACGGCGCUGAAAAAGAUACCGCAGAGGUCGCUGGCGGACUUGAUGCAGACAAUUGAAGUAAAUGGGAAUGGUGCGGCGAUUCAGCCGUCUGUGACAGAAACCUAA